GCAUGUGGUUGAAUCUGCGCAGUAACUGUAAACGGGGAAAACAGGCCACUGAUCCGCCCUCUUCUCGCCGUCGGAUCUUUAUUAAGAACCCACGCGCGUCAAAAUCUGCGCAACAUUUGCGCUCCCUCCAGAGGGCGGGAGAAGCCGGCUGCGACCGCGCUCAAAAGCGUCAUAACGCUCCUCAUCUCUCUUUCUCUCUCGAUCCUGCUGUCUUGAGUUGAAAACUAGGGCAUUAGGAAUAGCUUGGCAGGCACAAUGGGCGUCUCUCCGGCGCAACUAGUCUCCGAUAUCGGCAACCGACUUGCCCAGGAUUCUCGUCCAAACAAGGAUUUUCUCGUCAAAUCCCUCCGACAAGCAGCAAGUGCUUUGUCAGAAUUAGAUCAAUCGUCAUCACUGAAAUCUGCCAUAAGACCCUUGAGUGCCUCUUUGGUGAAGCGUGUUCUGCUUCAGCAUAAAGAUAAAGAUGUCAGGCUUUUAAUGGCCAUAUGCUUAAGUGAAAUUAUUCGUAUUCUGGCACCUGAACCACCGUUUAGUGAUAACAUAUUAAGGGACAUUUUUAAACUUAUUGCGUGUGUGUUUUCUGAGCUGGCUGAUACCACGAGCCCUUAUUUCUCGAGGAGAGUUAAAAUAUUAGAGACUAUUGCUGAGCUGAAAUUUUGUUUUCAAAUGCUGGAUAUUGGCUGCGAUGAUCUAGUUCUUGAGAUGUUUAAUAUUUUCUUCUCAGUCGUGAGGGAACAUCAUCCACAAGGCGUAAUUAAUGCAAUUUUGUCUAUAAUGACACUCAUUCUAAAGGAGGAAGUUUCUCAGCCACUCUUGGAGGUGAUUUUUCGGAAUCUCCUGAAGGAGGGAAAGGGUGCACCUCCUGCGUCUUCACAUCUUGCAAUUUCUGUCAUUAAAAAUUGCACUGAAGAGCUGGAACCUUUUGUUCGUGGGUUUUUAACAUCUUGCAUUUUAGACAAAGAUGCUGUAGGAAGUGAGCUUAAAGACUUUUACCAUGAAAUUAUUUUUGAAAUUUUCCAAUGUGCACCUCAGAUGCUUCUUGCUGUCAUCCCUAAUCUAACUCAAGAAUUACUGACUGAACAAGUUGAUGUCCGAAUAAAGGCUGUUAAUUUAAUUGGUAAACUUUUUGCACUGCCUGAAUGCCAUGCUGCACAUGAAUAUCACCAUCUUUUUGUGGAGUUUUUGAAAAGAUUCUAUGACAAAUCGGCAGAAGUUAGACUUAAUGCUUUACAAUGUGCCAAUGCUUGCUAUAUGGCUAAUCCAUCUGGAACAAAAUCACUUGAAGUUCUGACUGCACUUGAAGGCCGACUACUAGAUUUUGAUGAUAGAGUGAGAACACAGGCUGUAACCAUUGCUUGUGAUCUUGUCAGAUCCAAUCUGAAAUAUGUUCCACCUGAUUUAAUAUCUCGAGCUGCUGAACGACUCCGUGAUAAGAAGAUAUCUGUUAGAAAGAAUGCUCUGCAGAAGUUACUGGAAGUAUAUCGAGAUUAUUGUACAAUGUGUUCUGAAGGCCACAUGACAAUUAGUGACCAUUUUGAACAAAUUCCUUGUAGAAUUUUAAUGCUGUGCUAUGAUAAAGAUUGUAAGGAGUUCAGGCCUCAAAACUUGGAGUUUGUGCUUUCAGAAGAGUUAUUUCCACCUUCUCUUUCAGUCAUGGAGAGGACAAGGCACUGGAUCUAUUUGUUCUUGCUCUUUAAUCCUGCUCAUAUGAAGGCAUUGAACUCUAUUUUAUCUCAAAAACGGAGGUUGCAAACUGAGAUGCAGAAUUAUUUAGCUCUCAGAAAAAAGGAAAAGUUGUUGCAGGAAAGUGGUUCUGAAAAAGUACAAAAUCUUAUUAAAACUUCAUUGAAGAAAAUGUCAGUAUCCUUUCCAGAUCCUUGCGCAGCAGAGGAAUGCUUCCAUAAGUUGACUCAAGUGAAAGAUAAUAACCUUUUCAACGCAUUGGCGCAAUUGUUAGAUGAACCAAAAAUCAUAAAUGCGGGGAAUAUCAGAGAUAAAUUUGUAAAAAUGAUAGGGGACAAGCAUCCGCAGUCUGAUUUUUUGCGAUCACUCUCAAUAAAAUGUUCAUUUAGUAUAUUCAACUCUGAGCAUGUUAGCUGUGUUUUAGAUCAUAUCUGUGGAGGCAGAUUUGAAGAUAAGCACUUAGAGGCACCGUCUUUCAGCAUUCUUCUGGUUAUUGUUAGUGUCUUCCCUUCUCUCUUGAGAGAUUCUGAGAAGCAGUUUCAAGAGUUAUUGGAGGAGAACCCAUUCAAUGAAAAGCUGAUUCAAAUAUUGGCAAAAGUAGGCUCUUAUACUUCUAUAAAACUAAGUGAUAUUUACCCUUCCUUGGAAAGGGUAUGCCUAGAGGGUACUCGCGCUCAGUCCAAAUUAGCUAUUUCUGCAAUUGCUGGAUUAGGGAGUGGUUCAGAGCAAUCUGUAUUCUCUGAAUUGUUUGAGAAAGUUGUGAUUUAUCUGCAUGCUGGGAAGAAUAUACCAACCAUCUUGCAGUCUUUGGGCUGUAUUGCACAACAUUCUGUUUUGGCAUUUCACAUGCGAGAUCAAGAGAUUACACAGUAUAUAAAGGAGAAAAUUUUUCAAGUGAAUAAUGUGGAACAAUCAUUCGAUCUAGCUUCAUUUGGAGAGAGUUCUUGCAAGCUGAAGAUUUAUGCUCUGAAAACUCUUGUCAAGAGUUUUUUGCCAUAUCAAGGAACUCCUGAUAGGUGUCAAGUUAUGGUAUUGCUGGAAAUUUUGUCAAAUAUGCUGAAAAAGGGUGAUGUUUUUGAUGGUACCAUCUCAUGUGAAACUGACGAGGCUAACAUCAAAUUAGCUGCUGCAAAGUCUGUCCUCCGGCUGUCUAGAAGAUGGGAUUUUCACAUUAGUCCCAAAAUCUUUCACUCUACUGUUCUGAUGGCUAAGUACUCCAUGCCCUUCGUAAGGAGAUUGUUUCUGGAUAAAACACACAAGCUAUUGAGAGAGCGCGCAAUGCCUAGUAAAUAUGCAUGUGCUUUUGCAUUGGCUGCCUCAGAUUCCCUCAAAGAUCUGCAAAAUGAUUCACUGAAAUAUAUGGCAGAAUUCAUAAGGGAACGUGGUAAAGAAGCCCGAAUCCACCAUUCCUCUGGGAAGCAAGGUGAACCAAUUACUGAUUACCCAGCAUACAUUGUGGUGUACUUGAUCCACGUUCUUGCUCAUGAUAAAGGCUUCCCAGCUGAAAAUUGCAUGGAUGAAGAAAUCUAUGCUCAGUUUUGCAGUCCACUGUUUUUUGCUUUAUGGGCCCUAGUCAAUUCUAGUUCUGUUGAUGGUGAUGUGGAUCUGGUUAAAGACAACGCCUCGCAUUUACUUAUUAUUUUCCGUGCCAUAAAACGGGCUGAGGAUGCUGUUAAUUCUCUUAGCACAACCAAGCUGCACGUUUUAGCAGAUAUAGGAAUUGCCAUCGUACAUAGUUUAAAUCAUUAUGGAAUUCCAUCAUCACAUGCCCCUGGGGUGAUUUUGCUCCCUUCAUCGUUGUAUAGAAAUGAUCUUUCCAAAACAAGUGGGGAGGAUAGUUCAAGAUGCUCUACUCAAUCUGCUACUGAUGAAAGCUUUGUUAAGGGGGUUGUUAAUAUUCUUGAACUUCGGCUGUCUCAGCCUACGAGUACCAUUGUUAAACGUGGCCGAAAUUGUCAAGGGGAUAGUUUGCAGGUAGAUGUGGCAUCCUAUAGAACACUGAACUCAUCAUUGUGCAAGAAGAUCAAUUUGUCAAUGAAUGAAACACAGGAAGAAGGCAAGAAUGAGUUUGCUCGUGGAACUGCUUCCCAUAAUUCUAUGCAGCAGGGAAUCAGCACAAAAGGAAGACGAAAGAAGGUUCCUUUUCCUUCUGCUCCUGGAUCAAUUGGUUUGCAUAACAGCAGUUCUAUGCUUUUUGAGCGCAGAAAUGGUACAUCUGUAAAUUCUGAGUUGGUGCUGGAGAAAGAACAACUUCAGUCUUCUUGUGAUUCUGUGACUACAAUGCCUUCUCUGAUGGAGUCACAAGUCUUGUCUCAGAAAUUUGAUUUAACUUCUUCUUCUUCAUUGAAAGAAAACAGCGGUCCUAGGAAAUGUAGCAAGAAUACAAACGAUCAUUCCAAAUGUGGUGGAGCUGAGUGUAAAAAUUGUUGCAGGUCGAAGGAAACAAUAGAGAAAAAUGCAGCUUCAGUUGGGCAGCAGAUCAAGUUAUUGUCCCCUGGAGAUAAUAGUUUCUAUUCUGGCGCUGAGGGGUUUGAUUCUCAAAACAAUACUCACAAGGAUGCUGUAUUCGCAGAGACUUCAAAGAAAUUCUGUUCGCUGCAUCGGGAUCCUUUGGAGAAUUCUUCUUUCAGUAGUCAAGAGGAAAAUAUUCAUAUUUUUGGAGAUGAUAUUCCACAAGAACAACAACAACAACAAAAAACCUUACCAAACGAGGGGAGAAAUUUUUCUAAUAGAAAAAUUCCUUUACCUGCAAAGGGAAAGAAAGGGCUGAGAGUUUCUGUUGAUGCAUCAUUGUCGGAAGUUGUCAAUACGAAUGAUGUUAUUGCUCGAAGAACCCGAAGCCGAAAAGUAUAGGUUUUUCUUCCUGUUAGUAUUUUUUUUCCAACUGUGCAUAUAAAAGCCUAACAAGAGUAGAAUUAGUCACAACUCAUUUGACCUGAGGAGAUAGAAAUGUUCUAGUAAUGGCCCCCUAGUGAGGGUAACGUCUAGUAACAGCCCACCUAAUUGUCUUCGGCAAAACAUGGAUGUAAUUUUUCAAUGCAGUUAAAGACAGAACGUUAUGUACAGAUUUUGCUAAUGCAAAUUUCAUAUAUGGAUGUGCUGACUUUUAUGACU